CUUUCAUUUCCACCCCCAGAGCAUGUGGUUUUGUUGUUCAACGCUAGCGGUGUAAAAUUGGAACAUUUAGUACUCGCGCUGGCUCAGGCAGGCGGGCUUCCCCUCAGCCCCACCACCUACACCAGCAGCAGCAGCAGCAGCCACAGCUGCAGCACUAACAGCAGCCCGGUGAAUACAAGCGCUCCGGUACAUGUUGCUCUAAGCGGCAGCACUUAGUUUAACUUCUCUGCGGAUUAUACCAGUACACUUAUGAGAAACCCCACCGACAGAAGACAAAGACUAGUAACGAGGGCGUGUCUGAUGGACGAGAUGGCCACAUUUAAAGAUGAGUCGUCGACUGAUCAGUCUCCUCUUGCCCUUUUUGCCUCUCAGGGAAUAGACAUCACUCCGAACAAAGACCGGGGAGUGUGCAAGAUUGUGAAGCGGCAUGGUACAGAGGGAGAGAGGCCGAUGAUUGGGGACAAGGUGCACGUUCACUACACUGGAAAAUUGCUUAAUGGGAAAAAGUUUGACUCCAGUUUUGACCACAAAGAGCCUUUUGUCUUCAAUGUUGGUAAAGGUCAGGUGAUCAGGGCAUGGGAUAUUGGUGUAUGCUCUAUGCAGAAAGGAGAGGUGUGUCUGCUGAUGUGUAAACCUGAAUAUUCGUAUGGCUCUGUUGGCAGCCCCCCAAAAAUCCCUCCUAAUUCAACGCUACUGUUUGAGGUUGAGCUGCUGAGCUUUAAAGGCGAGGCGCUUACAGAAGAUGGUGGAAUCUUGAGGAGAAUAAAGGUGAAAGGUGAAGGUUUUAACAACCCCAAUGAAGGAGCCACAGUACAUGUGAACUUGGAAGGAAGAUGUAACGGUCAGUUGUUUGACUCGCGGGACGUCACAUUUGUGGUGGGUGAAUCUGAGGACAUGGGUGUUCCUCUGGGCGUGGACCGUGCCAUGGAAAAGAUUCAAAGAGGAGAAUGCUGUCUAUUAUAUCUACAACCUAAAUAUGGCUUUGGGAAAGAAGGGAAGCCAGAAUAUGACAUUGGACCAAAUGCUGAACUGUUGUAUGAAGUGACACUUCAAGAUUUUCAAAAAGCCAAAGAAUCCUGGGAAAUGGAUUUAAACGAGAAACUUGAACAAGCAGUUCUGGUGAAACAAAAAGGAACCCAGUACUUUAAGGCUGGGCGAUACUACCAGGCUGUUAUUCAGUAUCAGAGGAUUGUGACAUGGCUAGAGAUGGAAUGUGGAACAGAAAAGGAACAGCAGGCCAUUCAGGCUCUCUUGCUGGUGGCUCAUCUAAACCUGGCUCUUUGCUAUCUGCGUCUGCGAGAAUACGCUCAAGUUGUGGAGAACUGCAACAAGGUUGUGGAGCUGGACUCCAAGAAUGAGAAGGCACUGUACCGUCGGGGAGAGGCUCGUCUGUUGCGGAAUGAGUUUAGUUUGGCCCUAGGUGACUUCAGGCAAGUUCUUCAGGUCAACCCUUCAAAUCGUGCAGCCCGUUGCCGGAUAGCUGUCUGCCAACGCAAAAUUCGUGAACAUCAUGAGCUUGAUAAAAAGAUCUAUGCCAACAUGUUCCAGAGAUUUGCCGAACAUGAUGCUAAGGUGAAUCGAUUAAAAAGAAACAAAGAGAUGAGUGGAUUACUAGACCAGAAGAGCAAGGCUAUAAAGAGGCCUCGGCGAAGUCAGGAGGGCCCCUAAAAGUUUAUAGCCCACCAGUCGAUGUCCGUAUUGAGGUGAAGCUAGGGGCUGGUUCUCAUCUCGCAUCCCUUGUACGGAAUGCAGUGCCGAGGACCAUGGAUAGACCUUUUACAACACUCCCUGCUGUAACUGCUAUCUACUAGAACCUGUAAGAGACAAGGCUCUGAAGAACUGGGUAUAACAGCGAGGGUUCCUGAAGAGGCUAGAAACUUAAAUAGCAUUCCUAUAGCAUAUCAAACUGCACACAAUCCACAUGACCACUGGCAUUCAACAUCUAACCUCCAUCACGUACACCUCAACCUAGCAAGGCAUCAUAUGAUGUGCAAUGUAAAGAAAUGUAAACUGUUAACAUGAGAGAAACUAUAUUCUCGAAUGCGUACAGUACCCUACAGAAUAAUCUGUUUGUGUAGUACUGGAUGAUAUGUACACAAUAACAUGGUUAGACUUGAAAUUAUUUCAAUAUUACUGUUGAAAUACAUGUUGUGGGAGAAUUGUUAGCAUGUUUAUGUUCAGAUAAUUAAGCAUGUUGGAUACUCUAGAACUCUUCUAGUCGGUGUUGUCUGUCCUGAACAGUUGACUCGAAGGCAAGCUUGUUUAUGGGAUCAUGGAUAAGUGAAUAUCUACAACUGAACACUGUGGCUCAGACUUUCCUGCACACUCCCAUAUAGAUCAAAAAAGGGUCAGAAAGACAAGGUGGCAUUCAAGCCCACACACACACACGCACACAAAGAGACAAUAGGAUGCAUCUGUAGUGGACAAUGAGUGUGUCCGGGACUUGGGAACAUAAUUUAAAGGAACAACAACCCAUCUAUAUGCCUGUUAAACAGGAUUCUGAUGUUGACUCCAGCCCAGUGUCUUGUUUUUAAAUAUAUACAUUUUUUGUUAUCUAAACUGUUUGAAGUAUUUGUUUUUAAGGUCAUUUGACCACCUAUUUGAAAAAAGAAUGCAUUUUUUAAAUACUUAAUGAUACUGUAGCUUCUUCCAUACAGGAUAUUUUCCCAAAAUCUGUAAACACCUGAACACUUGAAAAACAACACUUUACAACAAUGUUACAGUUAUCAUUAUAAUGUAAAGCUUUUGGGAAACAUCUGCUGGCUAUUUUAUCCUUAUGUUUAACAAAUCCCUUCCAGUUUUAGAGAUUAUCCCAAAAUUUUUUUAAGUAACUUAAUUUUGCAUUGUUUUAUUGCAUUGUUUAAUUUUGUCUGUGUGUGUUUACACCAUGAUUGCUUUAACUGGUAGACCUUAAUAUAUGUAUAUACAGUAUAUACAGUAUAUAUAUAUAUAUACUGUAUAUAUAUAUAUAUAUAUAUAUAUAUAUAUACAUAUACACACAUAUAUAAAACUAGAUAGAAAGAUGAAUAUAGUUGUGUUUUGUUUUUAAAGUUGCACAAAUUCAAUUUCACCUAACUAUUAGACAUCUAUAAUAUUCACUAAGCCGGGUUUAUGUAGCUAGGGUUGAACAAAGCAAUCCAUUGAAAGUAACAUAUUAAAAUGCAUUUUUAAAUUGCAGCAGUUUAAAAAUAGAUGAAAAAUAGCAUCUCUGAACCUUAUCUGGAAAACAGAAAAGAAAUCUAUAUUUUUUUCCACACAUUGUUAAAAUUCUCACCCCACCUACCUAUUAUUAAGUAAUGUUUAACUUGAUGGAAUCCAAAAACAACAAUAUGAAUAAACUGUCAUUUCUAACUCCCAUCAUAAUAAUGUAUUACAAAGAAGCAAAGCAAAGCGUGAUGUUACUCGCUUUGUACAAAGCACUUCUGCAAACAAUCAGAUAAAUUAAAAGAAACAUUCGUGGCUGGACAAAAUAUCAUAGAAAUUAGGGGUGGCACAGUGGCGGAGUGGGUAGCACUGUCGCCUCACAGCAAGAAGGUCCUGGGUUCGAUUCCCAGGUGGGGCGAUCCGGGUCCUUUCUGUGUGGAGUUUGCAUGUUCUCCCCGUGUCUGCGUGGGUUUACUCCAGGUGCUCCGGUUUCCUCCCACAGUCCAAAGACAUGCAAGUGAGGUGAAUUGUCCAUGACUGUGUUUGAAAUAACCUUGUGAACUGAUAAACCUUGUGUACUGAGUAACUACCGUUCCUGUCAUGAAUGUAACCAAAAGUGUAAAACAUGACAUUAAAAUCCUAAUAAACAAACAAACCAACAUAGAAAUUAAAUUCCAUAUGCAACAAUCAUUUUAUCAGACUGUUACUACCAGCUUAUAUCAGUUAGCACAUUAAAAUCUGAGAUUUUAAUUCAACAUGAGGUAUACAGUGAAUGUAAACAUAUAUUUACCCUUUUUGGUUUUUAUGUACUUCAAGAGCAUGUAUGGACUGUAAAUGAAAUCACAAUGUAUUUUGCCUUACAUCAUGAUCCCACCUUUAUAUUUCACUCUGGGUGUAGUGUUUUUGAAAUCAAAUAGUUGUACUUUGGUUUCAUCUAGCUUUUUUCUCAAUUGUCCAAAUGUCUGUGUGCAAAUUGAAAACUGAAUAUGUGCUUUUUUUAUUUUAUUUUUUGUUUUGGUCCUUCUUUUUGUACCAAUUUUAAAUACAUUAGCACUCAGUUGCAUGACAACCAUGCCAGACACAGUAAAGCGUUUUAGGCAGUUGUAGCCUAGUGGUUAAGGUACUGGACUAGUCAUCAAAAGAUCACUGGUUCAAGUCCCACCACUGCCAGGUUGCUGCUGUUGGGCCCUUGAGCAAGGCCCUUAACCCUCAAUUGCUCAGACUGUAUACUGUCACAAUACUGUAAGUCGCUUUGAAUAAAGGCGUCUGCUAAAUGCCGUAAAUGUAAAUGUUUUACACUGGCCAGAUAAAGCUUUCUGGAGCCUCUGCAUGUAUAGUGGAUCACACUGUUUUCACUGUUUUCCACUGCUCAUGUCAUCGUCUUGACAAGACUGUAGAUGUUCCCUGUUUAGCCUUCCUUCACUCUGACAUCUUUGUCUGUUGGCUAGUGUGCUAGCAUAUUAAGACUGCUUCAAGUCCCCAAAAGUCACUUUUUUUGUAGUUUUAAAAAUGAAAUGUAUAGUUUACUAUUUAUUACUUAAACUGUUAUUCUUAAUGCAUUUUAGAGUGCCUAAUUGCUUCUCUUAUAAUUAGUAUGAAAGCACAAUGUAAAAUCUUGUGGGAUGAUGUGAAUUUUUUUUACCAUGAACUUUUCACUUGUGGAUCAUGGUAGCUUUUUCAAUUGAAUUUGUGUUUAAUAAUUUAUACUUUAAUUUUUUUUCCAUGCCUGCUAUUCAUUGCAUGAAAUCUUCCUAAUCAGUGGUGACAUCUUUAACAAUAAAACCAAGAUCAUUUUUCAAGCAUUAUUGUUCUUGAGACAGGGUCCAAGACAGGACAACUACUGUUAAAGGAGGGAGCGGUCCCAGAGUUGUUUGAGUGGAACAAUUUUUCCAUCCCAUUUUCAAUUCGGGUGUUUGGGAGAGGAGAAAGCGACUGGCGGAGGAUGACCCACCUGUCAAGGAGGCUGAUACACUCCCUGAGGAUCACAACUACACUUCAGCUUCAGACACCACAGCUGUCGUCUCAGAGAAAGGAUCCUUCUCCUGGAGAAACAAAUUGAGAUGUUUACUCUGAAGCAUUGGUUUAGCAUUCACCAUUUUGCUGGCUCAAGAGAUUUUUUACAAGGUAUGAUGUCCAGCAGACUCAGAUUAGAAGUAGAUGCACUAAAAUGUUUUAAGCUUACAGACAUGUUCACCUGUCCUGAUUAAAGUUUAAUGACUAAUUAAUGAAA